AUGGCGAACGACCAGCCUCAGUCCUACCUGCCACUAUCGGCUGCAGAUGACUCUCCUCAUGAUCAAGUAACAAAUGGCGUCAUUCAUUCAACGCCCAUUGACGAACCCAUCUCUCCUUUGGAGCCAACGAAUAAUGCUGAAACAAUACCGCGUCGAACGACUCAACGUACAAACACCCAACUCACCGAUGUCUCUGAAACAUUUGAAGCGGCGAGGAGGCAUUCGUCACUCAGUGUGUUUGCUCAGCGAUUUCAUGGAUCCGUGGACCCGUCAUUACACAGUCUGAUAGAGAAGGACGGAUCCACUCACAAGACGUCGCGAGAGUAUCGCUAUAACAAGCAGCGCAAACGAUUACUACGAUUGACUAUAGGGGAGUGGUUCAACUCACUCCUUCUGUGCAUUACAUAUUUCGGAAUUCUCUGGGCUUAUUCCAAAAUGGAAUUAAUCGACAAACCGCAGCGAAGAAUUUUCAACUCUUUGACAACCGGAAAUUCUCUUCUCCUCGGUGUCAAUUUGGCCGCAUCACUGAGAAGCUAUGCGAAGUUGCUGAGAUGGAGGAUGCUGGCCAUGUCUUAUCGGCCCCUCGAAACAUUUGAUCUUGUCAUGGGCUGUGAUAGCUUGAUCAAUGUCAUAUCACUCUUGCGCAAGGCGAAGAACAGCAGGAAUAAGUGGCUACCAUCAAGAACACAACUGUUGUGUCUGUUGUGGCUGCUAAUUCAUCUUGCGAUUACGAUUCUGGUUGGCAUUAUUGGCCUGAACUACAAUCUCGAAACAUCGACGGAUUAUGUGGUUCUGACCAAAGGGACAGUAUCCAUUCUCGAUUUGGAUGCAUUAGCUACUGACAACUAUCUUAUGGAUCUCGCCACGGUUCAAAGCUGGGGUGUUCGCGGGACGGUGACGACUCCGUUGGACUGGGACGCAGAAUUGGAGUACACGCAAUCAUACUUUUCCACGUAUGAUGGACACACAUUUUAUUACUUUCAAGAUCUAAACGCGAAUGACGGCACCACGGGCCAUGUUACGAGUCGCUACAUUGAAUCCUAUGCAUAUUGUCAUGGCUAUCGUGUGACGGAAGGUCAAUAUGGUAACAUGUCCUAUGUUGUUUAUCACGAUGGUGACAAGGACGUCAAUCAGACAAUCCCAGCACAGCCUGGCCCUGGAGGUCUGCUCGCCAUAUCAAUGUUCAAUUCCACCUGUGGAGCGCGCUGCACGGACAUCAAUGCGUUUCAGGCAGAAUCCCUGCCAACCACACAACUCGACGAUUCCGACGGUUUCGAUCUCUACGAAGCCAGGUUUUUUGUCUGUAACAACACGGUUCCAGAGAUUGGAGAUGAUACCGAGAGUGUACAGCCGGAUUACGCUGUAUCCGAUUUGACUGCAAGGAUGCUCGCUGGGAUGCUUGGCUGGAGCUCUGCUGUUCCGUCUGCAGACGGCAAGUCUCUUUACAUGACCUAUACCAACAAUUCAGAAACCGGCUUUCUGCGGACACCCAAUUCCACGCAUGUGGCAAAUCUGAUCUCGAGUUUCACAAUGGGGGGAGUGGCAUUCAUGGACGACUCGUUCGCGAUGAGCCGCAAAUACGUGACAAGUACCGAUCGACCCAUUGCCGCUCAAUAUCUGCAUGUCACUUGGAGAUUUGCAGGUUCGAUUCUAGCCGUCAUUCCUUUUAUCCAUUUCUGGACACUGAUAGCCGUCAUCUACUGGGCAAACCGCGCAAUCAUCAAAGACGACAGCCAUCUUGCCAUUGCCAAGGUGUAUCAUACUCUUCUGAGGGGACUUGGCGAUAGUGGCUGCCUUUUGCAGGGCGAUGAUAUUGUACGCGUACUGGCGAACCCAAUGGUCAAGUAUGGUGCGACGAACAGUCGAGUAGAUGGUGGAUACCUCCAUGUUGACGUCUUACAACGAGGAGCCGAGGACAUCCAUCCGAUGGAUGGUCCAUUUCGGGAAGGGUGGUAUGAUGGAAAUGGAAAGGGUCAGGAACGCAAUCAUAGAACAGACCCGGCGGGAUCACUGCACCGCCGCUAUAGGGAUGUCGACGCCAGAGACUAUUUUUAA